ACAGAGCAGACGUCUCUGUCAGAUCACAGCUUUUUCACUUGUAGAAAGGACCGGUUUUCACCUGGAGGAUUGAUCCCAGAGAUGAGGCUCUGUUUGUGGACUGGAGCGAGGGGUCUCCUGCCUGUCCUGGUUCUCCUCACUGUCCUCCAUGUCAACGCAGUGCAGCAGCAGACCACCAAGGAGAGACAUCACUAUAUCGCUGCUGUCGAGAUAGACUGGGAUUACGCUGAAAAUGGAACACACAGGUUCGGUCCCACCUAUAAGAAAGUGGUCUUUCGGGAGUAUGACAAAGGCUUCAGACAGGCUCAGACUCAUCCCUCCUGGUUAGGUCUGCUGGGACCCACGCUGAGGGCUCAGGAGGGCGAGACCCUCGUCGUCACUUUCAGAAACAUGGCCAGCGGACCACACAGCAUCAACCCACACGGCAUCGCUUACGGGAAGCAGUCAGAGGGAGCUAACUACUUUGACAACACGUCGCAGAAGGAGAAAGAGGAUGAUCUGGUGCAGCCGAACAGUGAACAUGUUUACUACUGGGAGGUGAAGUCGGAUGUCUCUCCACAGCCCAGCGAUCCCACCUGUCUCACCUACACCUACGUCUCCCACAGGGACGUAGUGGAGGACUACAACUCCGGCCUCAUCGGAGCUCUGCUCAUCUGCAAACCUGGCAGUCUCGAUGAGUCGGGGAGUCAGAUCGGCGUCCAGCAUGAGUACGUGUUCCUCUUCGGGGUGUUUGAUGAGACAGCGAGCAAGUACGCACCAAAGAGCCACGCAAACCACGUGAAGUACACCAUCAACGGAUACGCUAUGGGAUCCCUGCCUGAUGUGAGUGUGUGUGCCCAUGCCUCUGUGAGUCUGCACCUGAUAGCUAUGAGCUCAGAGCCCGAGGUGUUCUCUGUGCAUCUGAACGGGCAGGUGCUGCAGCACAACGGCCACAAAGUGUCCGCGGUGGGCCUGAUCAGCGGCACCACCGCCACCGCCAUCAUGAUGGCUCUGCACACGGGCCGCUGGCUGCUGUCCUCACACACCGUCAAGCACAUGGAGGUUGGCAUGCACGGUUUCAUGGAGGUGAAGAACUGUGACGGCUUCAGAGCACCCAAUCGAAGGAUGACCAUUGACCAGCAACGACACAGCAGGGAGUGGACAUACUUCAUCGCUGCAGAGGAGAUUAUCUGGGACUACGCCCCGAAUAUGCCGGAACACGUCGAUGACAACUUCAAGCUGCAGUACCUGACGCAGUUACCGUCUCGCAUUGGAAGGAAGUACAAGAAGGCGGUGUACACGCAGUACACCAACGAGUCCUUCACUGAGAGGCUGGAGACGAAGCAGAGGAAGAACGAGCUGGGGAUCCAGGGCCCGGUCAUCAAAGCCCAAAUCAGAGAUAUCAUCACGAUUGUCUUUAAGAACAAGGCCUCCAGACCAUACAGCAUCUAUCCUCAUGGACUGACCAUCAAGAAGUCAGAAGAGGGGGUCAACUACCCAGCAGGAGGGAACCAGUCUCACGGAGUCCAGCCAGGCGAGACACACACCUACGUAUGGAGGGUGUUGGAAGAGGACGAGCCUCUGGACGGAGACUCUCGAUGUCUGACCCGACUGUACCACAGCGCCGUGGACACACCCCGGGACAUCGCCUCAGGACUGAUCGGACAGAUCCUCAUUUGCAAGGGUCGCUCGCUCAAUGCCAGGGGUGUGCAGCUGAAAGCAGACAAGGAGCAGCACGCUAUGCUGGCUGUUUUCGACGAGAACAAGAGCUGGUACAUCGAUGACAACAUUCGGCAGUUUUGCGAACGAUCCAAUGUCAACAAGGCAGAGUCGGAGUUUUAUAAGUCCAACGUCAUGCACUCGGUUAAUGGCUACGUGUUUGAAAGCGGCCCGCUCUUGGGCUUCUGCAACGGUGAGGUUGCAACAUGGCACGUGUCCAGCAUCGGCGCUCAGGACUACAUCCAGACAGCUACUUUCUACGGACAUCCGUUUGAGGUGAAUGGGCGGACAGAGGACUUCCUCAGCCUCUACCCAAUGACUGGAGAGACUAUCAAUAUGGACAUGGACAACACAGGUGUCUGGCUCCUUGCUUCCCUGAACUCCCACGAGACAACCAAAGGAAUGCGUGUGAAGUUCCAGGACGUCGAGUGCUAUCGUGACAACCAGUACGAGUACAAUGACUACGGAGAUCCCUCAGAGGUGAAAGAGUUCACCAUAUGGAACCCUCAGGGCCCUCCCAAUGCAAAAGAUGAAAAGCAAAAGUCGAAACCUGAAGUGGUAAAGCCAGUCAAGACAGACUACGACACAGACUUGUAUGCAACUGAGUUAGGUCUCAGAACUCUGAAGAACCAAUCCAAAGACUCAGACGUGGAGCAGUUGGACCUCUCGUUCCUCGACUAUGAUGUUGUUGAUGUGCCUGAGGAUAGAAACUUCACACUUCAUUUCAAAGGGACACAAACCUCUGUUUCAAGGCCAAAUGAAAACUGGAAAGAGGUGGAUGGAUUGAACCUCACGGAAGUCCAUUUGUUUGACCAAAGCACGAGCAGGAAUACAACUGAAAUGCAGAACAGCAGCACACCAUCGACCUUUGGUGAUUCGUAUUUGUAUGAAAUAGAGAUCACAACCGAUGCAGUAUUAAAAAAUAUAACUACAAAUAGCAACGCUUCUGUAGCUUUUGACUCGCAGAACAUAACAGUUCACAAUGCUACGGUACUAUCAGCGGAUGGAAAUGCAUCCUCAAAGCCAAAUGCAAUCAACGCGACAAACUGGAAAGAGGUGGAUGGAUUAAACCACACAGAAGUACAUUUGCUAAACCAAAGCAUCAGUGAGAAUACAACACAAUUGGGGAACAACAGUCAGCCAUCAACCUUUGGUAAUUCCUCUUUGAAUAAAAUAGAGAACACAACUAUUUUUCACAGCCCGGAUGUAGUGCUAAAGAAUGACAACGAGAUGCCUAAUAGCAGCAUCCAGUCUGCAGGUUCCGACACAGUUCACAAUGCUACGUUGCUACCAGCAGAUGGAGAUGUACCCACAGAGACUACCAAUCCUACUGUAACUUCGACAGGUAAUUCAAGUUCAAUGUUGGAGGCUGAAGAAGUCAAUAUAACCCUGACCGGUGAUAACCACACGACUGAUUCAGAGGAGAUACUCACUAGAGGCGACCAGUUUUCUCAACCGGUGCCCACGUCCAAUUCCAGCGCCAACAAUCUCUCUAGUACACCAGACGGUAACGCAACUUCUCUGUUGAACGUUUCAGGAAAGGCAGAUGAGAAUAACACAGCAGCUAACAUGUCAGCAGAUGAAACAAACAGUAUUCCAAGAGCUGAUGUUGAAGAGGUGAACAUCAGCAGCAUGGACAGAAGCAAUUUGACGGUCUUAGAGUUGGAAGUGGACGGCACAGACAACAAAACCAAUGGGAAUUACACUCCGAUCAUCCCGUCAGAUCUGGAGAUUAGCCUUGAAAAGAAUUCCCCUGACAAUGGGACCUUUAAAGCCAACUCAAGCCUUGGAAAUGUGUCACAAGUUUUGCUCGAGAAUGUCCCAGUGAACAUAUCCAGAUCCAACACAACAGAGGGGAUCAUUUCAGAGAGUAAUGACCUAAGAGCCUCAGAAAGUGAAGAAUUGCUCAUCUACCUCACAGGAAACCAUUCAGAGGUGAUUAAAACCACCCCGGUCAAAACGCAGGGGCACAACUGGACUUAUGAGAGCACUCACCAAAUGGAACCCGUGGAGAUUCCCGACUACAUGAUGAAAUAUUUUGGGAAAGAAACGCCCAAACCAGCACCGCCUCCAAAGAAGAUCCGGAAGUUGAGCGUACGUCAGACGCCCCAGAAGGGUCUGGGCAUGAAGACGAAGAAGAGGAAGGAGUACAAGCCCCAGUCCAGGAGUGGAUUACCGCUCUCUCCUCGAGGUUUCAAUCCAGUCAUGACCCCACGUGGGUCCAGACCCCUUCUGCAGCCGGUCUCCGAUGAACAGGAGCUGAUCCACGAGCCGGUGAUCAUCGGCGUGCCCCGGUCCGAUUUCAGCAACUACGAGCUGUACGUUCCUGGAGACGAACCGGAUCAUCUGAACAUUGACGAAAACCUGACAGCAAAUGAAUAUGAGUAUGUGACUUAUGUAGACCCUUACAGCAGUGAUGAAUCCGUCAAGAAUUUCCACCUGGAUGACACAAUGAAACACUACCUGAAGAUCUCAGGGGCGAAUGUCAAGACGUAUUUCAUCGCUGCAGAGGAAGUGGAGUGGGACUACAGUGGCUAUGGACAGAGGAGGCAAGAAAAGUCGCUACUAAACAUCCGAAACACUAAGUUCACCAAGGUGGUUUUCCGAGGCUACGUGGACAGUAGCUUCAGCCAACCGGACAUCCGUGGAGAGAUGGAUGAGCAUCUAGGCAUCCUGGGACCUGUCAUCGAGGCGAAGGUUGGACAGAGCAUCAUGGUGGUGUUCAGGAACAAAGCCAGCCGUCCGUACUCCUUACACCCAAACGGGGUUGCUUAUACCAAGCAGACAGAGGGUCUGUCCUAUGAGGAUGGCUCCAAGUACUGGUAUAAAUAUGACAAUGAGGUCCAACCCAACACCACCUUCACAUACAUAUGGAAAGUCAACUCUAAGGUGGGGCCGAUGCCAACCGAGUCCCACUGCCGGACCUGGGCCUACUACUCAGGCGUCAAUCCUGAAAGGGAUAUCAACUCUGGCUUGAUCGGGCCUUUGCUGGUGUGUCGAGAGGGGACCCCGAAAAAGCAGAUGAGGCAGUUCACGCUGCUCUUCAUGACCUUUGAUGAGUCGCAGAGCUGGUACUACAAUGAGUACACAGAGAUGAUGCAGAGGAAAAGCAGGAGGAGAUAUAUAAGCCAAAACAAGGAGAGCCUCCAGUUCCACUCCAUCAAUGGAAUAAUAUUCAACCUGAAGGGCCUGAGGAUGUACACCAACCAGCUGGUGAGUUGGCACCUCAUCAACAUGGGUUCUCCCAGAGACUUCCAGAGCAUCAACUUCCACGGACAGACGUUCAUACACAAGAAGAUCAGCAGCUACAGGCAGUCCGUCUACCCUCUGCUGCCUGGAAGCUUUGCUACGCUGGAGAUGAACCCGUCCAAACCUGGCCUGUGGCAGCUGGAGACAGAGAUUGGUUUCAACCAGCAGAAGGGCAUGCAGACCCUCUUUCUGGUUCUGGAUGAUGAUUGCCAUCGUGCCAUGGGUUUGGAAUCAGGCAGUGUGAAAGACGAUCAGUUAACAGCUAUCAAUACAAGAGGAUACUGGGAGCCACAUCUCGCCAGAUUGAACAAUGGUGGAAAAUACAACGCAUGGAGCACAGAGCAGAACAUGAGCUGGAUUCAGGUGGACUUCCAGCGGCCUGUCGUGAUCAGCCAGGUGGUGACGCAGGGAGCCAAGCAGAUGCUGCAGCACCAGUAUGUGACCAAGUACUCCAUCUCCUACAGCAACGACCGCAAGAAGUGGAUCUUCUAUAAGGGGGACAGCAGAGAGCUCAGGAAGGUAUUCACCGGGAACCAGGAGGCCUAUGUGGCAAAAGGAAACACCUUCUUCCCUCCCGUGAUUGGACGCUUCAUUAGGCUCCAUCCUAUAAACUGGUACAACAAGGCGACAGUCCGCAUGGAGUUCUACGGCUGUGAGCUUGACGGCUGCUCGGUGCCUCUGGGGAUGAAUAGCAGGCUGAUAGAAGACCGGCUUAUCACAGCCAGCUCUGAAGCCUACAGCUGGUACUCUGGAUCCUCCUGGAAACCUGCGUAUGCACGUCUGGACAAACAGGGAACCAUCAAUGCAUGGCAGGCCAAGUAUAGUGACAUGAACCAGUGGCUUCAGGUGGAGCUGUUGCAGGUGAAGAAGAUCACAGGUAUCGUCACGCAGGGAGCCAAGUCUCUGGGGAAGGAGAUGUAUGUGACCUCCUACUCUCUGCAGUACAGCGACAAUGGGAUACGCUGGACAUCGUACACAGACGAUGAGGCCAUCACGUGCAAGACGUUUGCGGGAAAUACGGACAACAACAACCACGUGAAGAAUUACAUCUACCCUCCGAUUUUCUCCCGCUUCAUCCGAAUCAUCCCCAGGCGCUGGAAAAACUCCAUCACCAUGAGAGUGGAGCUGCUGGGCUGCGACUUUGAGUGAUGCACUGACACAGAUCAAUAUGAGAGGCCGAGUUAUAGGACAUGCACAUGCACAACAACAAAAAACACGUGCACGCUGAAAAUAGUGUAGUCGGGUCAUGUUUGGAGAAUAUGAAUAUAUUAAGAUGCAGAACGAACACACAGUUUUGGAGAAGAUCUUUAAAAGCUUUGCAAGUGAAAGACUGCAAAGACUGAACUACAGCAGGGAGAGAUGUAGACUGGAUACUUUGACUCUUAACUACUCUUAUCUUUAAACUGCUUAUUUUUAAUCUAGUUGACCGUGUGUGAGAGGCAAACUAUAGGAAGAUUUAAAACAAAAAAGGUGCAACAUUUCAUUUCAGUUAUUUUAGAAAAGUGCCCACUUGUUCACAUGUCAAAAAAUAAAUGAAACCCUACAGGUCUCUUUUUUAAAUCGAACUAUUUGGACCGAACUGAGCCCUGGUUUAAAAUAACAUAUAUAAUAUAACUACUUGAGUAACUAUGCAAGUAGGAAGGUAGUUAGACUACCAGCAGUUAAGCAUUCAUUUGAGUUCAAUUCUAGUUUUACCCACACUGCAGUUACAUAGAUACAUUAGUCCUAUAGGCCCCUCUGUUAAACUCAGUUAUGAAACUCAUUGGUAAGAGCCGUAUGUAUGAGUGAUGUUGACCUAUUUGUCAUUUGUCUAUUUUUUUUAAAUACUAGCAGCAUUUUAAGCCGAUAUAUGGCAUGUUGUCCAUCAGAAAUGAAUAUGAAUGAAUGUAAAUAUGUAAGUAGAGAUCAUGUAAUUUAUUUUUCAAUAAAUAUGAUUCCUAUA